AUGUCAGGAGCAGAAGAUGCAGUAGGCGACCAGGAUGUGCCUCUCCUGACUUUCAGCGGUGAUUUCUUUGGGCAGGACUAUGCUCCGAGCGAUUUUGGGACAGAGCCAGGCAUGGAUGUCGAUGAGAGCGGAGACCGUCCAGAAAACCAAAGGGAAUCUCGUGAUCCGCUGGACUGUGAGUCUGAGGAUGAAGGAGAGUCAGAUGGAGACGAUGAAGCCGAGACUGACCUGGGAACAAGGUGGGAACCGGUUCCGCCUCAGGUGCUCCCAGAGGCAGACGAUUGGGAGGAAGACGCCAUGGCUGCUGUGGAGGAGGAAGCGGGCGGAGCUAGAGCUGAGCGCGUGGUUGCGGAAGAUGGACUACGCAAGAAACCUGUGGUUGAGAAGUUCACGCUGGGAUCAGCAGGGCGACCAAUCCAGGACGACGCACCAACAAACCUGUAUAGUCACUAUAUGGAUGGCCCAGGGGCGGGAGCCCCGGAGACGAACCCAUGGGCACCAUUUGCAUCGAAGCUGGACUGGGAGGUGUUGAACUGGGCGCUGACUUAG